AUGCAAGAAUUUUGUUAAGAUUAAAAUGAAACAUGCUUAAUUUGUUAUGAUAAUUUAAAUUAACCUUACUAAAUUACAAGUUGUUAACAUUAGUUUUGCAAGGUUUGUUUAAAGGAAUAUUUUGAAUAAAGAAUUGAUGAAAAAAAUAUUGAUGAUUUUACAUGUCCUCUUUGUUAAAAGUGUACAGAUGAGAAAUAAGUUUUAGAAAUUAUUGAUUAAAAUCAUUAAGUAAGAUAUAAUGAAUAUAAAAAUGAAAAAUUCUAAUAUUAAUAAUAGAGAAGGGAAAUGAUAAAAUUUUAUAUUUAAAAUAAAAAAGCCCUUAAUCUUUGCAGAUGUCCUUGGUGUGAAUAAAUAUUUUAUAGAGCUGAAAAUGGAUGUAAUUAUAUAAGAUGUCAUUCACUUGAAUGUUAGGGUAAGAAUACUUUUUGUGCUUAAUGUGAUGUUGCAUUAACAGAUACUGAUCAUGAUAGCCAUUAUGAAAAUAAUAAUCCCUUCAAAGGUAAAUGUAGAAUUUUAAGAGAUGGUGUUUGGGUAGAUAGAUCAACAAUAUUUAAUUGA